ACAUUCAAGUGACAUUCGGGAUUUUCAACCUUUUCGCAGCUUCGGAACUCGGGCGGCGACUAAAAUCCGUUUUUCGGCCGAAAAUGUUCUAAAUUUCGCGUCCAAACGCAACGUCCGGUGUGUGCGCAAGUGUCCCGCAGCUGAAGAGUGUGAAAUCGGUCCGCGGGGCGUCGGUACCGGGGUGGAAAAGUCGAGUUUAAGUUUGCCCACUUUCGUUCCGUCUCUUGGGGAAGAUCAGGUAGCUCUGCUUGGAGGUUCCAGGGGACACAUUUCGGCAGCGAAAUGAGAAGUCGCAGCAAUUCCGGGGUCCGGCUGGACUACUACCAGCGGAUCGUGCACCGGUUGAUUAUGUCCCAUCAGCAGCCAGUAACGGGACUCUUUCCUGCAAGUCCGCACAACCAGCAUGCAUGGAUCCGAGACAACGUGUACUGCAUUCUGGCCGUGUGGGGUCUCUCGAUGGCGUACAAAAAGAUCGCCGACCAGGACGAGGAUCGGGCCAAAGCGUACGAACUGGAGCAGUGCUGCGUGAAGCUGAUGCGUGGCCUGCUGAUGGCCAUGAUGAACCAGAAGGACAAGGUCGAGCGCUUCAAGACGACGCAGAAUCCGCUCGAUUCACUGCACGCCAAGUACUCGAGCAAGAACGGCCAGCCCGUGGUGGGCGAUGACGAGUGGGGCCACCUGCAGAUCGAUGCCAUCUCGUUGUACCUGCUGAUCCUGGCCCAGAUGACGGCUUCCGGGCUGCAGAUUGUGUUUUCGCUGGACGAAGUUUCGUUCAUUCAGAAUUUGGUGUUUUACAUCGAAUCCGCGUACUGCAUUCCGGAUUACGGCAUCUGGGAACGGGGAGACAAGUCCAACCAUGGCCAGACCGAGCUGAACGCGAGCUCGAUUGGAAUGGCCAAGGCCGCACUGGAAGCGAUGAACGAGCUGGAUUUGUUCGGCGCACGCGGUGGAUCGGGCAGCGUGAUUCACGUACUCGCGGAUGAGGCCCACAAGUGCCAGGCGGUUCUGCAGUCCAUGUUGCCCCGUGAAUCCAACAGCAAGGAGUUGGACGCCGGGUUGUUGUCUGUUAUUGGCUUUCCGGCGUUCGCCUGCGAUGAUCCGCAGUUGAUUGAGUCCACACAGAAUGCGAUCGUGAACCGCCUUCAAGGACGUUACGGAUGCAAGCGGUUCCUCCGGGAUGGUUACAACACACCCAAGGAGGACAAAACCCGGCUGUACUACGAACGCUGGGAGUUGCGCAUGUUCGAAAACAUCGAAAGCGAGUGGCCACUGUUCUUUUGCUAUCUGAUUCUGAACAAGGCCUUCCAAACGGACAAGGAUUCCGUUUCGGAGUACUCGCAAAAGUUGGAGGAGAUUCUGGUGAAAACGGAGGAGGGUAUCCGGUUGGUGCCGGAACUGUACGCCGUCCCAGGUGAGGUCGUCGGAGCGGAGUAUCAAAAUCCGGGUUCUCAACAGCGAAUGGCCGUGGGACGGUGCCCGUUCUUGUGGGGACAGUCAUUGUACAUCUUGGGAAAGCUGCUGCAGGAGGGUUUCCUGGCCGUUGGCGAGCUAGAUCCACUGAAUCGUCGCCUCGGCGCCCAAAAGAAACCGGACGUCGUCGUCCAAGUGGUCAUCCUGGCCGAGGACAACUACAUCCGUGACAAGCUAGCCGAGCACGGCAUUCACGUCCAAACAAUCGCCGACGUAGCUCCGAUCGAGGUUCAACCGGCGCGUGUCCUCAGCCAUCUCUACACCUACCUCGGCCGCAACAAGAAGCUUGGCCUCAGCGGUCGCAAGUCUCGCGACGUGGGCAUUCUCAGCACCAGCAAGCUGUACUCGCUCAAGGAUCGCAUCUUUGCCUUCACUCCUCAGUUCUCCGACGUGAACCGGUUCUACAUCGCCUCGGACAACGAACUGAUGAUUGAUCUGCUGAAGGGCGAGAUCAACUUCCUGAAAUCGGCCUGGCAGAACCUGCUCGGUCGGCCGCUGCUAACGCUGGUGCUGAAAACGGUCCAUCUAGACAACAACAAAGUGCCGCUGGCGAUGAUCCAAACGAUGAAAAAGCUCAAGUCGGGCUACAUCAACGGUACCCGGGUGAUCCUGGGCAACUUGGGUGACUUUAUCAACACGUCGGCCAUCACGGAUUUGAGUUUCCUGGGUAGCCAGGAGGAUGGAUAUCCGGAUAAAUUGAAUCCCCAGGUGCAGUCCUAUCUGGAGGAACAUUUGCUGCGAUCAUUCACUCAUCGAGCUUCCGUUAGCUCCGUUAGAUCAUCCGGGCUGCGACCGAAGAACCUGCGCCGCCGGAUGUCCGUCAAGGGUGCCAUCAAGAAGACCCGUUCGAUCAAUGUCGACUCGGAAACCCUCGGCAUGGAGGGCAAUGUCACCGAGCGGCGUCUGUCCCACUCGGUCACUCCGACCUGGCUCGAGCCGAACCAGGAGGGCACGGUCACGUUGGCCAUCUCGCGGGACCCCUCGCCGAACAACCAGCCGCAGCAGGCGGGUGGACCGACGGUAGCCGGUACAGGUCGCUACGAGCAGCGCAUGUCCAUCGACGACGGCAAGAAGCUGCACAUCCAGACGUCGGCCACGACAGCUACGCCGAAGAUCCAGAUUCAACCGCUGCCCCGGCAUCGUCCCGCUACGGAGACCAACUUCGAAAACACCGAGGUGGAGGAGCUGAUCGCGAUGCUGCGCGAGACGGAAAAUCUGGAAGAGCAGGGCGACAUCCUGCAGCACCUGGUGGACACGCAGGGGCUGGACUUUAACACCGAACUCGGUGGCCCUAAUGAUGAUUCCCAAUCCCAAGGCAUGCUGGAGGAGGGCCGCGUCGUGACGGUUCGUGGUCUGCUCAAGGGUCUGUACGAGAAGGCCUGCCAGCAGAAGAUGUGGGGCCUGGUGCGUCACACGGCCGGAAUGCUCGGCAAGCGCGUCGAAGAUCUGGCCAAGGCCGUCACCGAUUUGCUCGUGCGGCAGAAGCAGGUCACCGUCGGAAUGCCGCCCAACAGCGAGUACACCAUAACGGCUCCGCUUCCGGAAGCGGAACUCCGUACCCUGAUCCACGAAGCGUACGGAGACGACGAGAGUACGGCCAUGUUGACCCAGGAGCUGCUCGUCUAUCUGGCCAUGUUUAUCCGGACGGAGCCCCAACUGUUCCACGAAAUGCUUCGCCUCCGGGUCGGUCUCAUCAUCCAGGUGAUGGCCAAGGAGCUGUCCCGGACGUUGAACUGCGACGGCGAGCAGGCGUCGGAACACUUGCUGAAUCUGAGCCCGUUCGAGAUGAAGAAUCUGCUGCAUCACAUCCUCAGCGGCAAGGAGUUUGCCAUCAACAGUGUCGCGCGCGGUAACAUUUCGAUCGUGAGCUGCAAAUCGAGCCGCGUCAGCAAGAAGAGCCAGAUCGGGCUCGGCAAGCCGGAACCGGACGAGGCAGAAAGUUCGAUGAUCGACGACCGCCAGGGGCAGUGGCUGCGCCGGCGGCGGUUGGACGGAGCGCUGAACCGGGUGCCGAGGGACUUUUACCCGCGCGUUUGGACCGUGCUGGAACGCUGCCAGGGGCUGGCCAUCGAAGGGCGCGUCCUGCCGCAGAGUUUGACCCAGGAGAUGACGCCGAACGAGCUGAAGUUUGCGCUGGAGGUCGAGACCGCCCUCAACACCAUCCCCCAGCCCGAGUACCGCCAGCUGGUCGUCGAGGCCCUGAUGGUUCUCACCCUCGUAACGGAGCACAACAUUAUCGCAUCGCUCGGUGACAUCAUCUACGUCGAGCAUCUCGUCCACAAGGCGAACCAGCUCUUCCUCGAAGAUCAGCGCAAAGUCAAGGGCGACGCGAUGCUGUGCUGCGCCAAGAACAAGGACAUCCGCGAGACGACGACCGCCGGGCUGUUGCUGUGCGGUGGAGCGGCCUACAUCUGCCAGCAUCUGUACGAUUCGGCACCGAGCGGCAGCUACGGCACCAUGACGUACAUCGCCAGGGCGGUGGCAUCGGUGCUCGAGGGACUGCCCAAAACCGGCGACAUGGAUUGCACCAUUUGUUAGGAGAGCGCCAUCUAAUUUAGGGAAAGUUGCAUGCGUUUCCUAGAAAUUGGUGGUGCAACCAUAAAAAUUACACUAAUUGUUAGGUAAAUGUGCUUACCCAAAAAAAAAAAAUAAAAAAACACCACAAAAUGAAUAAUAUCUAACCCAAAAAACAAAACAAAAAAAAUCUUGCAAGUAGCUAAAAGUGAUUUGUUUUAAUUUUACAAUAGAUAGAUAUUACUCAAAACAUAAUCCAAGUAGCCUUUGAGAAACCCUGAUCGUGAUUUAGUCGUCCACACAACACAAACACACUAACAUGACAAACCCGUAAUCGUUUUUUUUUUUUUUUUUUUUUUUUCUGUAAACUUAUUUUUAUUAGGUCCUUUUAGAAAUUAACAUCUCAGGUUGGGACCGAGGGUCAACAUUACAUGAUUGAUUCCUAAAUUCUAACUGUCAAAACUAAUGAACUCCAAGAGGGUCGAAUUCUCGGCAUAGUGUUUACCGAUUGCUCGCAAGAAAGGUACCAGAGGUUCCACCAUCGCUCUUGUCGGUUCGCUCAUCGUCGACAGAACCAGCUCGACGAUGCUGGAAAACGGAAUCCUUAUUCGAGCAGUCUUGCAAGCGUCCUUCUGAGGAAGAGGGACUUUCAGUUUUGCCAUCUCCUGAUGAUUCUUUUUUGAGCCUGCCGGAGGGAAUGCUCGGAUGAAAUCUUCCUUGUCCGCUGGGAGUGUAGUAUCCUUCGAAACUUUUCUAGUUUUACCGAGUUGUUUCCGAGGUUUUUCCUUGUUCUUGCGAGCUCCCUCUCCAGAGCGGAAAGUCAGCUCUUCGCCGAAUGACUCAUGUUCCGGUUCCUCGUCCGAAAGAACAGCGAAUGGAUUCUCGUUCGUGGUUGUAGCUGCAGCUGAUUUGACGAUCUCCGCGAAAGAUCGCUUUGAGCGCCUCUUCAGUUCCAGCUCCAACUUGUCCGAACGUUCCCUGUACUUGGGACAGGAACGAGUUUCGUGCGGAGCCCCUCCACAGAGCAGGCACUUGUUUUCCACUGCUUGACAUUGCUCGUCCUGGUGCUUCUCGCCACACUUGCCGCAGACCUUUUUGUUGUAGCAAAAAGACUUCGUGUGUCCCAAUUUUCGGCAAUUCGUGCAGCUCAUGACCUUGGGGUGAAACAUUCGUACGGGGAGUCGGAGUACCUUGUCAAUUAGCAGGAAAUCCGGAAGCGCUGUUCCGGCAAACGUAACACGGUACGAACUUGAAGGAAUAAACCGUUUGUUUGCGCCCUCGCCCUCCGAAGUUGCCAUCCGUCUGACUUCGAUGAUCUGGACUGUCGGCAGGUUUCUUCGCUUGAACUGGCCAACUCCAUUCAGAAUCUGUUUCGCUGUCAGUCCUUCCUCGCUCACCACUCCGUCGAUUUCCACCGAACGUGCUUGUUCUUUUUUUAUAAACAAUUUUUUUUUUCAUUAGAAUUUAUAAACACUACGUUAGACUUUCUUGUCACUAUUUUACUAUUCGUUUUGAUUAGUAUUAUUUAGAUCGAAAAACUACCAUUCUCUCUUUUUGGUCUAGUGUUGUUUUGGAUUAAUAGUUUAGAGGACUAUGAAUAAGUUUAAUCUGGCAAUUUACUCACACAAGCAAGAAAAAAAAUCUUAAAUAACUGUACGUGAAACGAUGGAUUAAUACUGACAAAACAAAACGAAAAAACGAAUAGCAAAGGCUGCGGCGAGGAGAGAAGAGAAAAGAUUGUUGUUGACACUAUUGGCAAAAUGAUGCUCUUAUUAUUAUUAUUUAAAAUUGAUAUCAAGAAGUAACAUUAUAUACAAGCAAUUAAAAUAACUGUUUCUGAAGAAAUAAGAAAUCAAUAAACGAACGAAUAGCGUGGCAAAA